AUGGACGAUUACGCGAGGGAGAUGAUGGACCUGAAGACCCUAGUCACUCGCACUCUCGAGAAGAAAGGCAUCCUCGCCAAGAUUAGGGCUGAGCUGAGGGCGAGUGUCUUUGAGGCAAUAGAAGAAGAGGAUCGGGUUCUUGAAAAUGAAGAUGGCGUACCCCCUGCAUUGCUUGGUAGCUGCAAUGAUCGUGCUAAGCAGCUGCAUGCCUCUCCUUCAGGAAGGCUACUCACUGCACUAAUAUGUGAAUACUUGGAGUGGGCCCAGCUAGGCCAUACGCUCAAAGUUUACUUGCCUGAGUGUAAUUUGCCAAAGGAUUUUUGGAAAGCUGAACUGCGAGAUUUUAGUAGCAAAAAUGGGUAUGACAUGAAUAGGAGUGGUGAAACUGGUCCUCUACUUUUAGAUGUUCUUGAAGGAUAUUUAAAAUAUGAGAACCUCUCUCAAGCAAGAGCGGCUGGAAGGAGAAUGAUCAAUACAGAAACUGACUCAGUGUUGAGUACCGAGUCCAGAAACACUCGGAGGCCAUCAUCAUCAUCAUCAUCUUCCAUUGGUGGAGGCUUACCUCCAUUGGGAAGGCCAGUCCUGGUUUCCCAGUCAUCAGACCGGAGAUUAGGUUCCUCAGCCUCUAAUAUCCGGAAGGAUGAUUACAAUUGGAGAUAUGAUGCUGAUGAGCUUUCAGAAGAUGUGAUUCGAGCUUCAAAUGCUUUAGAAAACAUUCAGUUGGACAGAAAAGCACGGAAUUUGACUACAUCAUGGAGGCAUGCUGGUGAUGGCAAGGUGGAUCAUCGUUAGUGUCUUUGAUGGCUUGUGUUUGUAAUUUUCUACCUUGUUUUAUUUCUGUUUGUGUGAGCGAUAUCAACAUGUGGAAUCCAGUUUAUUUAAGAUGGUAGUAUGUGCUCUUGCUAUUCUUUUUGUACUUUUCUUUUUACUGCAUCUAGGUUCAGAUGGCAAUCUAAAAUAUCAAUCUAAGCACCUUGUAGCUGACUUCUUGUAUCCUAGGCAUGGAUGCUACUGAGCAUGAUUCGGUCAAUGAUUUCCUAAGGCUUGUACUUGGUAUCAUGUAUGCUGAAUUGUUUGCAUUGGGAGG